UCUUGCCAGAGGGGCUCGAGCUCUGCAGUGUGAAAGAAAAAAUGUCUUGAGUGGGUAAGAAAUUGGUAAUAUAUUGUUGCCCUGUCGAUAUAGUAGGGAUUUGAUCCUAAGCUAAAACAGCUAAUUUUUGAUAUUACACAGUCACAGCUGUGUGUCAAUAUUUCAAGGUCUUUCAAGCAUAGGAAAGUUCAGUGACGAAUUCUGCAUUGUUUGGCGGUUCAACGAGUUACAAGGUUCAUUGGUUCAAGGAUACUGAAAACCCAGUCACGAGACGAAGGUAAACAUGGCGCUCUCUGUGCUACUACUUCGGCCAUACCAACGACUGCUAGUAGGAGCUAGCAAGUGGUCACGACUGAGUUCAGUUCUGUCAGGGCACAGUCUGGGAAGGAUUGAGAACAAGCCAAUCUCGACCGCUGGCGCCCCCGAGACACUUACGUCCCAUAUGCAUGGUCUGCAUACUCUUCAGCGGCAACUACAACAGAUCGCUCCUGUCUUACGAGCUGGGUACCCUCCGCUUGUUGCGACUACGAGACGCCUCUCCGCCUUAAGUGGAACCUGUGGGGUUCAGGAAAGUUCAAUGGAGAACGUUGGGCUAAACGGAGCUGAUAGAAUGGUGGAAGUGGAAUGGUCGGACGGGGGCGUUAGCAGGUUUCCUUACAUCUGGCUAAGGGACAAUUGUCAGUGCCCACAGUGUUUCAAACGCGACUCACGCUGUCGGCUUAUUCUAAUGUCGGAUCUGGAUGUCAACGUUUCCCCAGUCAGGGUAGAGUCCCAAGCCAGAGGAGGGUUGCUGUCAGUAGAAUGGUCGGACGGACACCAGAGUCGGUACGACUGGCAAUGGCUGAAGGAGCGCUGUUUCUCACCACAGGUCAUGUCAGAGAGGGGGAAAGGCUGGCAGAGAAAGACCCGGUUAUGGGGGGCUGAGUUAACGCACGACUUGCCCAAAGCCGAUUUCCCCGUCCUACUGACAGACGACCGCGCGUUGUACGACUUCUUGGUCAUCCUGGAUUCUGUCGGCCUCGUUCUGGCGCAGAACGUCCCCUGCGACGUUGGGCAGGUGGAAAGACUGGCCAAUCGGGUGGCGUUUCUCAGACAAACGUCAGGCUUCGGGAAGGAGUUCGUAGUGGUGAACAAACCGAACCCCGGUAGUGACGUGGCCUACACCCCCGCGAAACUGGGACUACAUACGGACCUGAACUCCUACAGUAGUAAACCAGGGGUCCAAAUGCUACACUGUAUCGAGCAAAUCGAAGGGGAUGGGGGCGACAACAGCCUUGUAGACGGCUUCAACGCCGCUCAUCAACUAAAGGAAGAAAAUCCGGACGCCUUCCGACUUCUCACCACGCUCAAAGUCACAUUUCGUCACGUCGGAGUAGACUAUAACAAGUACUUUCUCCUGCAAAGACAAAACGUCAUAAGGCUAAACGAUCAGGACGAUAUCCAGUCCAUCAGCUACAGUGACCAGUCCCGUACCUCCAUGUUGGACAUGCCUGCUGACCAGGUCCAGCCGUUCUAUGACGCACUGAAGUCCUUCAACACAAUCAUGUACCUGCCCGGGAACUGCGUACGACUGAAAAUGGCGGCAGGUGAAAUGAUGGUUUUCGAUAACACCCGUGUUCUACAUGGCCGGUCAGCGUACAGUCCCGACAGCGGCACCCGGCAUCUGCAGGGCGGGUACAUGGACUGGGACGACGUCUACUCACGCAUGCGCGUCCUCGAGAUGGACCAUGGAAUCAAAGAAUAGGACACCGGUUUACUAAACUUGCAGAAAUAGUCAUAAGGGAAUGAAUAAUGCUACAGUUGGAUAAAUGCUGAUCAGAGUUUCAUGGUGUAAUGAAAGUAGCACGUGAAAUCCAGUCUGCAAUGUUACAUUACGUAUGAUUUAAGUCUGGAGUCCGAAAAAAGCUGUUUGGCAUAGGCCGUUUUCAGUAAACCAGUCUAUAAACCUAAUAUAGUAUGGGGCUCGUCCAGAGGUUACAUGUAUAUAUUCCAUGUUAGAUUUUACAGUCGGGUCGAUCAGGUCGUGGUUUCAUCUACUAUUAUAAAGUAUGUUUGAGUCAGCACAACAACUGUUUGAAAUGUAGUCGAUUUCUUAGUCAUUUUUAUUUACACAUCAUAAGAACCAUAACAAAAGAAGAGCAGUGAUCCACUAGUGUACUCGAAGUGCUGAAAUGGCCAUGACUUGUGAUUUAUAGAUUAAGUAUGACCAUAUUUGGAAUGUAAGUGACCAAUGACUGGUGAGAGCAGCCUGAUUGGCUACAGAGAUCUGCAUGUAGAUGACGUUGCUUGACGCGUCACUUGAAAUUAAUAAGCAGUUAGAUAUCGUCUGGGUUGCAGUAAGGUCGCUUGUUAGUUAUGUCUAGUUUCGUUGUAGUUGCUAGAGAACUUGUUCCCAGCGUCAAGAAACUCUGGCUAAAGGUUAUUGGUAACUUGUAUUGUGUAUCAUUGUAUCUCUUGUUGUAACCUAGACCAUGUGCUACUGACACUGAGGUUGUAAGUUUAGCAUG